AUGGGGCGCCUCACCGAGACAGAUGGCAUGAUACCGCCGCCGUCCGCGGCCCCCUGUCGAUGGCGGACGGCACCUUGUGGCCUUGCAACGGACGUCAAGUCCGACCAACUACCACCAGAGGCGCUGCAGGCGAGCGGCCUCAUUGCGUCUCGCCAGACUGCCGCAGCGGCGCUAUGCGGUCCAGCCGGGCUUCAAACGCUAGAUGAGCUGUCACUGGUGCAGUCAGCACUGCACACGCUUCGGUACCACCGCGGUCUGCGGCUGCAGCUGAUCCAGCAGCUGUGGGCGCAGCUGCAGUCAUCGGGGGCGACGGGGGCGACCCUAGCGGCGGCCGCGGAGGUCCACUGCGGCGAGCGCACCCCGCCACCCACGCCGUAUCCAUCCAGCCCGCCAGAGCCGUUGGCACCGGUCCAGGAGGUGGUGAGCGAAAGCGAGAUGCCCUCUUCUCCGCGCGCUAUCUCGACCGCCUCCAAGCCGCCCGCCGCACUCCCUUCCCCGACGUCCAGUGUGUCGUCGUCACCGCGGCUCGGCCUUGUCACUUUAGGUGACGCUGGCCCUACGCCGGGGGUCAAUGCGCUGCAGCUUCUCCAGAGGAGCACUCAGCAGGUGCUUGAGAGCGCGUGCCGGGGCCUGAUGGAGGGCGGCCAGGCGGGCGGCGUGCGCCGGCGCGGCAGGUCGUUGGUCCACGGCACCAGCGAGCACCGACACGAGCCGCUCUUCAGGCGCCGCUGUCACUACUGCGGUAAGAUUUUCGGAAGCGAUUCGGCUCUGCAGAUACAUGUGCGCUCGCAUACCGGCGAGAGACCCUACAAGUGCAACAUCUGCGGCAACCGUUUCACCACCAAGGGCAACCUCAAGGUGCAUUUCCAGCGUCACAGUGCGCGCUUCCCGCACGUGCCAAUGAGCACCGAGCUGGUGCCAGAGCACCUGGACCAGCUGCAUCCGCCGCUGCUGGAGGCGACGGCCGAGCAGCUCUCGCGAGUCAUCCGGCCGGAGCCCAGCGGUGGGCGGCCGUUCGAGGCGCUGGUGUCACUGCUGCCCGCUGGCCUCAAGCGAGCCGCCGUUGGGACGCCAGCUGUCGAAAAGCCGACGAAGCGCUGCGGCUGGGAAAGGCUGGCGGCCCGGGAGCCGGCCGUGUACACCAGACUGCUGCCGCGGCCGGGCAUCACCGACAACUCGUGGGAGGCGCUGAUCGAGGUGGCCCACGCCUCCGAGACCUCCAAGCUGCAGCAGCUGGUGGACACGAUCGAGAGUACGGUCACCGAACCGAACCAGUGCGUCGUCUGCCAGCGCGUGCUCUCGUGUCGCUCGGCGCUGCAGAUGCACUACCGCACGCACACGGGCGAGCGGCCGUUCCGCUGCAGAAUCUGCGGCCGCGCCUUCACCACCAAGGGUAACCUCAAAACACACAUGGCGGUGCACCGCUGGCGCCCGCUGCUGGGCUUCAGUUGUCGCUCCGAUCCCGACAAUCGCAGUGCAGAUCCCGUCAGAGCCGCCAGCGACGUCCAGCCCAAGCUCGACGACCUCCUGAACGGCGGCUGCUGCCGAGAACCUGAUCGACAGCGGAUCGCAAGCGAGCACGAACAACGAGGCGACUACUGA